AUGUAUGGAGUGCGCGAGUUCUCGUCAAUCAUCAGUCCACCCCAAGUGGCCUCUCUGGCCGUUGGCGGCGCCCAAAGUCGCGUUCGCCUCUUACCUUGUGGCGAUCUUGAGCCAGUGACCACUCUGACUCUCACUCUCUCAGCUGAUGUGCGUUUUGUCGAUGAGGUGGUUGCGGCUCGGUUCCUUCAUCACGUACGGAACUAUCUUGAGUCCAAUCCUCAGAGUCUCCUUGAGGAUGACCCACUUCUGGCCGCCGAAGCGGGUUGCCGCGAUCUCUCUGUUUUAGCCUUCUGA